AGUGUACUUGACCCACGGGAUCGCCAAUACGUUCUUGGUGAAACGAACGUCAUGGAGUCUUUCAAUCUUGCUGUUGAGAAAGGCAAGUCAAUCGGAAAAUCCUAUCUGGAUGUGAAAAGGGAGUGGAAAGCCUCCGCAGGUGUUAUGACCUUCGACGAUGCUGUGAAGCAAAAAGCAACACCAGCGCAGUUCAGCGCGUACCUAGCAGAGGUAACGACAAAGAUAACACCCUUGAUGGAACGGAGGGAGAUCUCGAAGCGAAUGCUUGGGGAGGAAAUCGUGUGGGAUUGGGAACUCCCACGGACACCAAUGGGCCAGUACAUGUGGCAAUGGAGUACAAAAGCUGUCAUCGAGCGCGCGAUACUAGCAGCGCCUUUGGGAGACGUGACGUGGAGCCGACAGGACAAGCCAAACAAAAAGGAUAUGUUCGAGUUUCAUAGCGAGGUCCGCAAGGUCUUUCCGAACCGUCUUUUCGGAUUUGGUUACAUGGGUGCGUACGAUUUCCUGAAAGCGGGAUACACGCAGGAAGAAUUUGAGAGUUUCCCCGCCGAUAUUGCCAAGAUGGGCGUUCUAUGGCAGGUACGUAACACGCAAGGUCUCUCUCUCCAUGCCAGACAAUUUGCUUCUCGGCCCAAGGAGAUGGGCAUCGCGGGAUAUACGCGUGAAGUGUCAAAGCCAGUUAUGGCAACGGACAAGUACGGAAAACCAACAGCACACGGCGGAUACCUAGCGGACGCAUUUUUUGAUGUUGUUGCUAGGGUUGAGAUAACAGAGACGGAGGCAAAUACAUCGUAG